AUGCAUCAAAAGCUCAGGGUCUUCUGGCCCCGACAAAUCAAUACCCGCGGGCUGACGCACCUGUACUACGCCUUUGCCUACUUUCACCCGACAACGUUCCAGAUGAUGCCCAUGCACGAGGGUGACGUUCCCUUGUACGGCGAGUUUACUUCUCUCAAGAGAAAUGGGCUACAGACAUGGAUUGCAGUCGGAGGAUGGGCUUUCAAUGCUCCAGGCCCGACACAGCAUGCCUUCAGUGAUAUGGUGUCAAGUGCUGAGAACCGUGCAGCUUUCAUUUCUUCGCUCACUACAUUCAUGGAAACGUACGGCUUCCAGGGAGUCGAUAUUGACUGGGAGUAUCCCUCUGAGCCCACUCGCGGUGGCCGCAAAGAGGACGCCGCAAACUUUGUGCUCCUGGUUAAAGAGAUGAAGACUGCCUUUCAACACAAACUUUUCGGAAUCAGUGUUGCUCUAGCGCCUGAUUACUGGUACCUUCGUGGAUUUCGACCAGGAAAAAUGCAGGAAUACGUCGACUUCUUUGGCUUCAUGUCAUAUGACUUGCAUGGCCCAUGGGACACCGAUGUUCGAGCACUUGGGUCCAUUGUCCGCCCUCAGACCGACGCCACCGAUAUCAAGAAGGAUCUCCUGCCACUUGUCCAAGAGGGAGACGACCCUGAUACGGAUGAAGGAGACGACCCUGAAAACGAUGAAGGAGACGAAGUCUCGCUACCGCCGCCGGAUGAAGGCGACGGAGAAGAUGAGGGGGACGACGUAUGCGAGCCUUCGGAUUCACCCACUGACGGAGAGCCAGAUGACCAAUACGACCCAGACGACCCCGUCAUCAGCAGCGCAAGCACUACAAGCAGCUACCAGAGCACCCGGACGACCAGUAGCGAAAGAAGCACGCCGAGGACGACCACCACCACAGCCACCAUCAAGCCUGCCCCGACUCGAAAAUGGGAAACCCCAAAUUUCCCCGAGAGCUCUAGUCGCUGUUUCCACGGCGGGCAAUGGAGCCACCGCGGACGUCUCAUCCAAGCGAUUGAGCACUUCUGCGGCGAUUUCGAAAACAGAGCAGUAUAUUCUGGAUACAGCGUCGAGAAAACCGAAGACUUCAACUCAUCGCCUCCGCACUGGGAGGCUGCCGACAUGAGGGUCGUCAUGAAUCUCUCUAUCAAGAAAGGGUGCGAGUGGGUAGUAGAUCAAGCGCAGUGUCGAGAGGAACUCCGCAAGCCAGUUGAUCUAUGCGACAUGGAAGGGGAGAACCACAAACACGGAGGAACACUCGAGAACAACUGCAUUAAGUGGUCAAUUGAUCCGCAAGGCUGGCUUGAUGACCAUGAGAGGCCACUGCCCCAGCCAACGCCCAAGGUCAGCUAA